AUGGGUGGAAUGAACUCCGCCCAAAUGGUGGGCUUGGCUCUGCAGUUCUGGACUUCGACGAUUUUGAAUCUGGCUGUAUCGCAGCACUAUCUAGUAAUGCUUUUUAUACGGUCACAAUAUCAGCAUAUAAACACAGAGCUGCAGAAAUUAGUGGAAGAAUGUAAGAUGUUAAGUCACAUUCCCAAGCGAAAGGGUGUCUUCAUGACAAGAUGUUGCUAUUUGUCGGAUAAGUUAGACGAUAUUGCCAAAUUGCAAAGUCAUCUGCAAUGGAUUAUAACCCAACUUGGAGCAAUAAUUGGACUACAGGGUGUGAUGGUGUACGGUGGAUACUACUUCUCGUCGGUGGUCGCCUUAUACAUGACCUAUAGUCUCUUCAAAUAUGGGCAUGAGAAUCUGAAUUUGACACUUGAUAUUGUAAUCAUGGCAUUCGUCUGGAACUUUUUCUUCUAUCUAGAUGCCAUGCUGAAUCUGUUAAACACACUUUUUGUUUUGGAUGAUCACAAUAAGAUGGUGCGUCUAUUAGAAGAGCGAACACUGUUCUCAUCUAGUUUGGAUGUUCGCCUUGAGGAAUCCUUUGAGAAACUGCAGCUUCAACUUGUUCGGAACCCGAUGAGUAUAAACGUGAUGAAACUAUUCCCAGUCACCCGCAGCUCUACGGCUGCCAUGUGUGGCUCAAUCAUUACGCAUUCAAUAUUUCUUAUUCAAUAUGACAUGGAAAACUUUUAA